AUGGCGAGUUUUGAGGUGUACAGGAGGUCUACGAUCGGAAUGUGCUUGACUGAAACUUUGGAUCAGAUGGUUUCAAGCGGAGUUCUUGCGCCGGAGCUCGCGAUUCAAGUGCUGAUUCAGUUCGAUAAGUCAAUGACUGAAACCCUAGAAAGUGAGGUGAAGAGCAAAGUUUCAUUCAAGGGGCAUCUUCAUACCUAUGGAUAUGUUGACGACGUCUGGACCCUGGUUUUGAAAAAUGUCCAGCUGAAAAGUGAGGGAGGUCAAGAAACUGUUGACGUUGUUAAGAUUGUCGCAUGCGACUCUACAUUACUGACUAAUUCCAAUGAGGCCUCCACCAAAAAUUUAGACGGCCAUGGGAACAGGCAUCGAUUUGCGAGAAAACCAAAUGAAUCAAGAACACCUGCACCUUUCUCUGUAUGCCCGGCCUCUUGCACUCCGGUGUCCUCAAGAAUUCAGAUUUCGGGCCCGACGAGAAAUACCUCGAGCACAGAUUGUUCGGUGAACGAAUCCGUCACCGCUGCCGCGUUGUCGAGCCAAAAUUGGGGAAAUCAAAGAAGAAAAGCCCCAAUCCUCCUGAUCCAACUUCUUCUUCUGCAGGUUGAUUUUGGCGGUGGUGCUGGUCUUGCCGCCUUUGCCGGAGGUGAUGAAUGCAACGCGGGGGGUCUCGUCGGAGAGCUGCGGCGUGUAGUUGUGCUGGAGGAGGGCUUAGAUUGGGACGGUGGUGACGGCAAUCUAGGGUUUUGGGUUGUGUUGGAUGGCUCGGAUGUGGCGGCGACUAGGGUUUUCAUUGACCUCCUGAGGAGUUUUUGA